AGUUGCGAAGGACAAAGAUUCUUUCACACCGUAGAAUAACAACAGCUAAUAACUGUUUUCCCAACACCUUCCUUUAUCUCCGUGUUUGUGUGGUUUUCUUCUUUCUCUUUGCUUUGUUUGUCGGUUCGAUUUUUUUUUUCAGAAUCUUUUCUCGGUGUGUCCCUCCUUUCAUUCUCUAUUUCAGCUCCCUCAAGCUUUUUAUUUAUGUAAAUAUACCUCCUCUUUCUUUGUCUUUUUAUGUCUUUACGUUUGUAUGUGUACUGCUACGGAAUCGGUACUGUAUUCUGCCUGUGUAUUUGAACGUUGUUGGUUGGCUCCAUCCAUUACAUAUCUAUAUCUUUAUUGAUUCGCUUUUGCGGUGCACAAAGGGUUUUUACUUCUCUCGUUUCCUCUUCAACAUUCGUCGAGGCACCGAGUGCGCACGCGCAGAGACAAAUAUAUAUAUUUCGUCAAAGGUGAACUCUUUCGACGCUUUCAUUGUUCUUCUUCUUUUUUCAUUGCGUUUGUUGUUAUUAUUACAGUUCGCCCCCUAUGCCUUCGUGUCCAGACUGUGGUCUUGUCUUCGACACCCUCUAUAACAUCCAACUUCACCGUCGAUCUGGUAACUGCACGCAAAGCUUGCUUCCCGCGCUUGCGAAACCCGCCUCGGCGCCUUCACGAGCCGAGAUGUUCGCAGGAGGCGCCGGUGGUGGUGCCGCUGGCUACCAGGGCCCCUCAGCGGACCCUGCGUACGGGCUGGGUGUUGCGGGCGGGUACCUGAACCGCGGCUACGAGCUGACGGCCGCCCCACCUCUGGCCGCGGCUACCAAUCCUUAUUUAUCCCACACGGAGCGGGAAUUAGAGCAGCUUCUCGCCCAGCAGCGCAGCCGCCAGGCGGUGGACAUGGUGGAGCGGGAGCGACUGAUGCUGGACCAGCAGGUGAACCUUGUCAUUCCGGCCCGACAGGCUCAGCUGCAGCAGUCACAGCAAGCACUGAAGUCGCAGCUCAUGCAGAUGAAGCUGCAGCUCUUCGCUAGCCAGCAGGCGCAGGAGCAGGGCAGCAACAUGGAUAUGGCGUACCUGCGGAACGAGAUGGCUGCCAUGCGUGACGCUCUCACAUCCCUGAACCCUCAUGCGCCGCCCGACAACAAUCGGCACUGGCAGCGGACGCCGCAGCCACAGCCGAAAAGGAAGGCGCGUCCGCAGCCGCGCCGUGCUGUUAGUGCCCGCAACGCAGCAAAUCGGCGCUCUCCUCGCAUGUACGGCUCUCCCCAGCAAUCGCGACCAGAAACGUACGUCGGGGAAGGUCGGAGCACCCGCACCACACAGCGCUACUACGAUGACGAUGACGAUGACGAUGAAAGGGAUGUGGAGUAUGAUCAGGACGACGGCGAUGACAGGUCGUGGAGCAGCUUGGACGAGGAGCUGCGCGACGCCGACGACGACGAAGACGGCGUCUCCACGCGCCGGCGCACCAGCCACCACAGGAACCCCCCCGCUUCGUCACCGUCGCGGCAACUACGCGGGAUGCUGCAGGAGGUCCAAAACGAACUACGGAGUCUGCGGGCGAUGAGCACGUCGCCGCGGCACGGCACAGACGCGCCGUUUCCAACGGUGUCGACGCUUGACACCGGUCUGCACUCGCUGAAGCUCGCCGCGUUAGAGGGGGUUGACAUCUCCAUCCCCCUGGACGACGUUGAUGUCAGCGUGAAGGUGUACUACAUGUCCUAUGCGAACGAGGAGUAUUUGCUGGAGCCGUCCGUCGAGCGCAGCUUUCCGCGCCGCCCGCCCCCGCUGGUCCGCCACGGAGCCAAGACACUGCUCUUCACCGUGCCGCCGAUUGAGUUCAUGGUGCACCACGCCAAAGAAAUGGUCGUCUUUGUCGUGCACACUCUCUACCGUGGCCGCCUUCUGUGUUGGGCCACCAUCUUCUCCACAAACCGUGGCGCCUUCACGGAGGGCCUGCGUGACUCCGCCUUCGAUCUCGCAAAGGCCAUGCAGUCUCCGCAGAACAUGAUGCCGGGCGCCACCAUUUCAGGCUCCAUCGAGGCCGACGCCGGUGACUCCUUGCGACGCGCGGAGUCCUUCCUAAACCAAAGCAGCGGCAGCUCCUCUGCGAUGGCCGUCACACCCACGUCGCCUCCCCUGCCGAUGCUGCCGCAGCUCCCCGGGCUGCCGCCGCUCCCCUCGCCGCCGCAGGCGCUUCCGCUGCUGCCUGGCAUGCCGGGCUGCGAAGGACCUUUCCUGCCCCCGAGUGCGGAUAUGAACGCGAUGGUGCUGCAGCCCAAUAAAGGUCCCGCCGCUCGUUUCAUUCUGCCCCCGCCAACGGGCAUGUCGAUCCUGGAGUGGCAGGAGCACCUCGCAAAGCAUCUCGCGAAGAUCCAGAAGCGCGCCGCAAGCCCGGCGGCGGGCAACGGAGCGGCCGCAGUGAAAGCAGCAGCAGCAAAUAAAGGCAACAAGUCACCCAAAACAGCUCCGCCGAAGGCGUCACCGUGCCGAUCCCCGCGGAAGGUCCUCCCACCCGAGCCGAGUAGCGGCAGUGAUGAAGAGAUCAUCGAAGAGCACCACGAGGGGGAAGACGACGACGACGAUGACGAUGACGAUGACGAUGACGACAACAUAUCGGCAGGAUCGGCGCGCGACUCCGUGAAGCCGGAAGACCACGUCGAGAUCGUCGAGACGGCGCCACCUGCCGUGCCGAUCGUGACGUUGCCACCCGCCGUGUCGAUCGUGACGGUGCCACCGGCCCUCGCCCCGGGCCUCCCUAACGCACCGAAGCCAGUGACGGGCCCGGUGAAAGCGGAGUCGCCGCGGUCACCACCGCACCAGGAGCACACACCGCCGCCGCGUCACAUCGGGGACUCGUCGCCCCUCGACCCGCCAUUUGCCGCCGCGUCGCCGCCCGCUGCCUCUCCAAUUAUUCCGCCGAGUACGCAGCAGCCGCUCGCCUCGCCCAAGAACUCGCUCACCUCGGCGGACGCCUGGCCCAAGAACUCGUCGCCUCUCAACAACAACCUCAAGGACCCCCUCUCUUUGUCUUUGUCGAGUUCGCAGCUCCCGCGGAAGGUCUCGGGGAAGGUCCCGCGUGAGGAUGUGCCGCUGGUCGAACAGCAGCGUCUGCGGCCUGUGGUGGAUCCGCAGGGCAACCUCGCGGUGCCGCCAGGGUACAAGCUGAACCCGAACAACCCGCCCUCCGUGAACCUGGAGAAGUUCGACAUCGCCGCGAAGCCAGCGGUGAACCCGUGUGUGCUGUUCGGUCUGGCCCAGGCCACCAACACGCCGCCGGCCCCACCGCGAACUCCCGGGCACGGCGCGAAGGGCGCGACCGUGGACGUGUUCCUCGACGGCCUGACGGGGCUCCCCCUCAACGCCGUCUGCACCCGUCUGCUGGUGUACGUUACGAAUGAGGUGGACCCGAGCUCUGGCAAGCCGGUGAACCCCCUGCACCACCCGCGCUUCUUUAUGCGCAAACCCGACCUCGUCGUGUUUCAGAAUCUGACCUCCAGCAGCGCAGAGCCGCAGUUUAGCGGCAUGUUCAGCGCCGACGUGGGCGACAACACCUUUGCGGUGGUGAUCAUCGAGUUUAUUAGCGCGGCGCAGGACGCAACGCUGGUCUUUGGCCACUGCUGUCUGCCCCUCAACAAGAAGUUUUUCGCGGGGAACUAUCUAUGCCGCGUAAAGAUGGGAGACCCGCGUCGCUCGCAAGAACGCAUGAUCGCGGACAUCCGCCCAGCCGACCGCAUUGCCGACGAGCAGCGCCGCGCAACGGAGAAGUACAAUCAAACGCUGAUGGAGCGCAGCGUGGACUCGCAGGCGCUGCACAACCUCCUGCCCGCCCCGCCCCGCAAGCGGGCGGAAUGCACCGUCCUCGGUUACCUGAUCUGGCGCCUCGAAAGCGACAACAUCAAGGCCCCCUUCUUUGAGAUGCCGCAGCAGCUGCCGCUCUCGGUGGCAGAGCUGGCGGUGUUCGAAGGCCGUAAGAAGCACAAGGACACUACCCCGACCAUGAAGGGUCUGUCGACGCUCAAGGCAGCGAACAACGCCUUCCUCGACGCCGGUGCGACGCCGUCGGAUGCCCUGGGCAACGUCGUCCCGUUUUCAGAGGAGCGCGGGGUCUUUGUAAAGGUGGAAGGCGUCCGCGGCGUGGGCGACGACGCGGCAAUGUACGUCGUCGUCGUCUACAUGCCGAAAGCUCCUCAAGGUCGGCGGGUGUGCUAUACGAUCAUGCCGGACUGGCUCUCCGAUGUUGGGGCGCCUACGUACAAGGACGCGCCGUUCAUCUUCACGGGCAUCAAGUGCGACAUGACGAACACCGUCAUGUACAUUCUGCUGAAGCUGACAAACCUGAGCACGUCUGCCGAGGACGCCGCGACGGUGGAGGCACUGGCCUGGUCGAUGAAUAAGAUGUUUCUCGAGGAGCCCGACACGGUACGUCAGGGUCGCUUUGCCCUGCCCUGGAUUGCAGGCGCGCUAUCGCCGGCCGUUGUCAACGAACUUCUCACGCAGCGCCUUGAGCCGGUGUACAUGCGCAUGAUGAAGGCGAAUCAGCUAAAGUUUUUAAACCCGCCAGCGACGCUUAUUAUUAGCCAGGGCGACACGGCAUGUAUCUCGUCCCUCGUAGACGAAAGUCCCGGACGUGGCCAGCCGCGCCAGCUCCUCACCCCGGCCGCGGUGAAGAACGACUACCCCAUGGUUACCUGUGAGGGCAUGGUCGGUUGCACGCUGCGUCGCGCCCAUGAAAAGUGCUUCGGCGGCGGGGACCCCCGCGUCCUCCUUCAGCGCAUCAACGUGGCCGUGCAGGGGUACCUGAAGGUUACGAUGCCCGCCUUUCAGGAACUGUAG